AUGAAAGGGUUCGGCAUCUUCCUGGUGGUCACGUUGGUGCUCGUUCUGAUGGCGAUCGAGGACGCAGAGAGUGUGAGUUUGAUCGAUCGAUUGUUCGUAUUCGAAGGUAUGAUCCGUUCGAACGCGCGUGCACACCGGCUCUCAACUUUCUUUUACGCACGCAGAAAAAGAUGACGAUGGACGAGGCGAAGAAAAUGAUCAAGAACCUGAGGAAAUCUUGCAGCAAGAAGAACGACACGCCCAAAGGUACUUUCCGGCCGAACGGACUUUUCUUUUUAUCUUUGUUGUUUCAAAUAACGCAAACGUGGAAGAAAGCCAUAGUCUUUGGAUAGACGUGACACGAUGAAUCGAUAUCAAUUAGAAUUAGUUUUAGUUGUAAUUUGGCUGAUUAUGGAUAUAGAUUUUGGAUAUUUUAUGGUGGUACGACUGGAUCGAAAUCCACGCAGAAUGCCUUAAAAAUGUUUCUCUACUUGGUUUUUAACUUUCAAUUAAUUUUUACUUUUUAAUUUUUAAUUAAUUUCUUUCUUCUUCGUUUUGUUCUUCGAGCAGGAAUGGAGAUUCAUUUCGUGUGAAUUUUGUUUCUAAUUAUAUCCGACUGAUUAAAGGAUUAUUUUACUUAUUAUUACUUUUUAAAAUUCGUUUCACUACUUUUCACAUUACAAUAUCGAAUGAUAAUUUCUCGUGAAACUUAGUUCGUUCUUUUCGAAGGACUUUUACGUUACGUAACAUUUCGGACGUAAGAAUCACGCUCUUCUUUAUAAUUGAUUGUUUGCAAUGUUGCACCGACUUAUAAUAGGUUAUUACAUCUGCAGUGACAGUGAUGUUGUUUGAAAUCACAGUACGAGAUCUAUAAUUUUUCAAAAAGUAUGCUUUGUUUCAAGAAUAUUAACGCGGUUACGAGGUUUAAUGAAAUUUAAUGAAAUUUGAUUAAAAAUUUAAUGAAAAUCUCGUUUCCAAUUUUAAUACUGAGGGAUCUUAUUUCAUUCUAAAUGAAAUAUUAUUAAAAUUCUUUAUAGAAAUAAAAACUAAUUUGUUUUAGUUAGCGAAGCCAUUCAUUUCACAGACUGAUUUCAAAAAUAAAAAAAGAAAAAAAGAAAACGAUAUAAAAAUGGAUGGUGAAAUUUCGUUUCUCGUGAUUACUCUUGAUAGAAUUAUUUUACGAAAUUAACAACAAAUAUUCGGUAAUUUUCGUACAGAGCUCCUAGAUGGCCAGCAUAGAGGCGAAUUCCCAAAGGACGAGAGGUUGAUGUGCUAUAUGAAAUGCAUCUUGAUACAAACUAAAGCGGUAAUCAUAUUAUUGAUAUCGAAUAUAUUGCUUUUCAAUGGAUUAAUAAAAAGGAACAAAUGAACUUCUAUUUUCUUCGUUAGAUGAAGAACGACGAAAUUUUGUUUGACUUCUUCGUGAAGAACUCCCGUGUAAUGAUAGUCGAGGAAUAUGUCGAACGUAUUGAAAAAGCUGUUGAACAGUGCAGAUCUCAAGGCAAGUAUCAUUAUUGAUAUAAUAUAACAAAAUAUAACGAACAAAAAUACUGAUUCCAUGUAUAAUUUAUUACACUUAUUCGUUUUUAAUUUUAUAAUUUAUUAUAAAACUAGAAGUAAUUUAUUUCGUACUAUAGUAAGAUAUUUUAUAUACCUUUUUGUAUUAUAUGAAUUUUAUAAAUUUUUGCAAUAUUAAAUGCACGAAUAUCUAUUUAUUUCUAAUUAUUAUUAAUGUGUUCGAGAAAUUCUGUUGCUCGAUGGUAUAUUUGUUCGUAAUAGUAUCAUUGAAUUGGUAAUUUUUUUAAAACAUUUAUCUCGAUUAAUACAGAAAUAAUAUCUAUCUUAUUUAAAAAUUGCAAAAAUAUUCGGACAACGAAUACAUGUUGGGUUUAUUGAUGAGAAAUAUACAUUUGGAACAUUAAAAUAGAUUAUAUUUAAAUUUAAAAAAAAAUGUAUAGAGAAUGGAUAGAGACAAUAUCCUUACGACAUUGAAUUGCAACAUUAUUUAUUUACAGUUUCGAAAAGAUGCAUUAAAAAAGUAAAAUUUUUACAAAAUUUCUACUAAUCAGCAUGGCUUUUUCCGAUGAAAAUUGAUCGAUUCAACAAGACUGUUAUAAACAAAUAUACGAUAUACCAGAGCAAUAAUCUUUUGAACACUACACGGUGUCCGAAUAUACUCUCGCGCUGACUGUUAUUUGUAAUUUUUGCAGUGACGGCCACGGACGGGUGCGAGGCCGCGUGGCAAUUUGGUAAAUGCAUCUACGAAACUGACGAGGAGGUGAUUUUUCAUUUCGAUUACACCGAAAAUAAUACCUUGGUUAUAUCUGGCACCGUGAACGACUCGUUAACAGCGGACUCACUAGCUCAUCGAAUAAGCGAAAGAAAUCUCCAAUCCAUAUCACUUAGGCGUCAUCAUCUUCGCUAUCGUCGUCGUCGUCGUAGUAGUCGAACAAAAGCUAUGGCAGUGUGUAGAAAUAAUCAGAAGAAACCACAAUGCAGAAGAUUCGUAGAUGGUCAUAUCGAACCAGAGAACUUUAGAGAAAUCUUUGAGAAGAGCCCCAAAAAUACACCCGACGAUGUUACAGAGGCAAUAGAAAAGUUGAAGAAUUGUGUCGACGAAGUUGAGGAACUCGAAGAUAAAUAUGAAAAUGAUAAAGGAUUUCAUCAGAAUUGUGCACAAGGAAGAUCCUGAAACGAUGAAGGUCGGAUUGGAGUAUGCAGAUCUUUGCUACGAGAAAGUUGCAAGGCACUACCUUCAACGUGGAACCGAUACACAAGAUGAUCGAGACGGUUCACGCUGGCAACGAUGAGGAUAUUAAAUUAGUGAAAACAAUCGCGAAUGAAUGCGGUGAAAACCAGGACAUGAUGAAGUUAGACACUGCUUUUCGUAAUGGGAACGUAUCAGAAGAAAGCCUCGACGAGUUUCAGUUGAACCUCGGUUGCUUCAUUGUAUGCAUUCUGGACAAAGCUGAGCUUAUGGAAAACAAUGACAUUCUGCUGGACAUUUUAAUAGAAACAGCGGACCGCAACGACUUCCCCGUGGAUGAUGCUACGAAACAAAUAUUAAACGAAUGCUUCGAUCUGGGUGAGCAUCUGCUGAAUCAAACAACAUAAUGCAAGAAGCAAUAACAGAUACAGCCGAGUUUUUCUCGAUCGAUUAUAAAGUAGCCGAAAUAUGCUUCCGCGAUGCGAAAGUAAUACCCGAUGAUCUUGGAAAAGUAUCCGAAGCUAUGGUGCAAGCAUACAGUACGCUUAUUAAUAGUAAAGACAUAGACAACAUUAGAAGAGUCGUUUGCGCUUUCACUUGUUGUGCGCAAAAACAAGGAAUGAUGAACGACAAUGUUAUUAACAUGGAGAAAAUCGACGAGUACAUCAACAACACGUUCUUUGACGCUGAUAAGAAGGAUAUCGUACGUCAGAAUGUGCAUCAAUGUGCCAAAAAUGCUGUGAACGACGAUAAAUGCAUGGUUGCCCAAAGCUUUGCCCAGUGUGGUCUACAGCAAUUGAGACUUACCGUUCAACAAUUGAUAGCAGGAAUGUGACUUAUAUAAAUGGCCAAGAUUCUUUAUCAAAUGCAACAAAU